ACAGAGAGGAAUACAGGCUGCGUUGCAGUGUUUUGAUUAUGUUUUAAGUAUUUUGAGUGCUGGGUCAUAUUGCUAUACAGUACACAAUACAAUCUGCAAAAAGAGAAAGCUGAAAACCAUCAGAAGAGCAAAAACAAGAAUGAUUAAAUGGAGAUGUAUGACGUGUAGCAGCAUGCAUUUCACUUUCCGAGAAGUCCACACCCAAAAGUGAAUCAGAUCUAACGUCAGUUCCUUACUCUACUCAACGUGUCCUGUCCUACAGACAUUAUUCUGGAAGAUAAAAGGCAGACCAUGUAUGCAGUUAUUACCUUUCAAGACUCAGAUGAGUUGAUGGUGGUACCAUCAAAUUGGUUGAGCUCAGACAUGAAACACUGUUACUGGCCUCCAUUCAAAUCAACAGAGAAGUGCAUGGAAGCUGUUCAGAACAAACUUAACCCUGAAACAGAAGGGAAGCCAUGGGAGAAACUACGCAUUAUCUUUCUCGGACAAUAUGACACUUUUGAGAUGGCAAAAGAGGGGCAAAAACAAUACAAAGAAUAUAAAGAACGGUCAUAUCCAUUAGACACUAUAUUACCUGGAAUAAAACGACAGAAACUUGAAAGCACUCAAGGAAUGUCAAAUAAUCAGCUACAACCACUUCUUCCUGCAUCACCUGCAUCUACAUCCAGAAUGUCAGCUGAUGACAAGGUUGAAAUCCUCCAAAUGCUGAGAGACAUCAAGAGCAAGGUUCAGCAAAACUCUACCAUGUUAAAAAAAUUCAAAGACAAUACAGUUUCUGAAGCCCCCAGCAGUACAUUUGUGCCUUCAAAAGACAUUAAAGCAAACCUAAAACUGCCUCUUAGAACCUUUGAAGAUGUGGCCAGGACUGAAAUGGAGCUCAAGAACGCAACAACACGCAAAAAAUAUAUAAAAUAUUUUUCACGGCUUGGAGGUUUCGUGCCCAAGGAUGUGAUUAAGAAUAUUAUGCAGCAAGUCCUAACAGACGAUCUGGCUAUGCAGUUCAAUUGGCAGGGGAGAGGAAAUAAAAAGCCCUUCUCUCAGCUUAUGUUAACAGAUGUGAUCAGAGAUGCUGCAUUAAACCGAAAUAUAAACAGGGGUUACUGUGAAACUGAAAUAAAAAAAUAUCUGAGUUACGCACCUGGUCGGAAGAAAUCAAAAGAACAAGGAGGUCCUGGGCACGAGAUUUCAAAUGUGAUUUCUACCUCAGUGAUGGACAACCAGCCAGAGAACCGUGAAACAUUUUUGAUUAAUGAUUAAUUUGUUUUUUGAUAGGGAUACACCGAUACUACUUUUUCCAGAACAAGGUCAAAAUGAUACUUUUUGGUACCUGCAGAUACUGUGUACCGAUACCUGUAUUUUCAUUAGUUGGCUUUUUCAUUUAGUAAAUUAUAUUUUCAUGCUUAAUUAUGCUCAUUAAAAUGUAUUCUACAAGCUUUUGUACAUUCACUUUUCACUUUAUAUUUGCUCUAUGGUACUUCAUCUUUAAUUUAAUAGCACAUUUUUAUUUUUAUUUUUAUUUUUUUUUUAAUCAUCUGAAACAUGCUGCGACUUAUAUUUCAAAGUGACUCAUAUCAUGCAUAAUGAUCAAUCAUAGUUCAUGUAGACCCACUUACACAUUAAACAUACAUUUUGAGAAAUGUAUUCAUUUUAAUUUGCCAUUACAUACAUAAUUACAUACUUAAUGAAUUGUCAUGUUAC